AUGAAGUUGAAGGAUUUGUGGAACAAUUUCGCGUUCCCUGGAAAAAGAUCUCGCGAUGGUUAUAUUAUAAGAGUAAGUUGGGUUUUAACAUUUGUUUGUUUUGUUAUGAUUAUGAUUUAUUUGUAUUUUUUUAUUUGAAACUUGAAAAUUAGUUUUACGUUUUACAUGUUUGAUCGUAUAACUUUGUUUGGCAGCUUGCAGAACGGUUUAAUUUGGGGGUUUAUAAAUGAAAAUUGAAAAAAUUAUUGAAUUCACAGUUUUUAAUCAGAAAGAAAUGUUAUUUUUAAAAGAACUGACAAAAAAUGUCAACGCGGACACGUUUGAUCGUAUAACUUGGCUGCACAGCCUGCAAAAGCCCUCUAUUUUGUUAUUUCGCUUUAAAAAUGUAAAUUUUGGGUAACCAUUUGAUUAAAAGUAAACUAAUAACCAUACGAAAAUAAAAAAAAUUUUUUUAGGACAAAAACCUGCGUGUUCAUUACGAUCGCUACAUCUACGAGACCUAUCAGAAGACAUUGCGCGACGAUGCGGAUUCAAGCGAAUGGGAGCGCAUUCUACUGGCGUUAGACAUUGUAAUCGGGCCACAGAACUUUAUUUUAUUGCCUCACUAUUGUAUUCUUCAUUCGGCUAGUGGGUUUUGUUAUUUUAUUGUUUGAGGUUUGCUUUGAAAAUUUGAAUUUUAACUUUCCCGCCAAAUUUUAAAAUUCUGCUAAAUGAUUGUAGAAAGCUCUGAAUUUGAUCUAACUGUUGUUACAGUAUACUUUCAGUACUUGUAUAAUUAUGAAAAAUUUUAAUUUUUAAUUUUUGUUUUGUAAAUUUAAAUUUCAAUUUUCCCGCAAAUUUCCAGUGAACUUUAUGAUACCAUAUAUUGCUCUAUACCUAUUCCUGGGCAUACCAUUGUACUACGUGGAGUUUUCUCUGGCCAAAAUUACCAAACUAGGGCCGGAUCGACUCUACACCUUCAUGAAUCCACUUUACCGUGGGGUUACGGUAGCUAUCUACUUGGUCGGACUAAUUCAAACGGUCGUUUUCGCGGUUUAUGGAAUGAAGUUCUUCGAAAUGGCUAGCCUCGAGUUUUACAGUAAGUUGAAGAGUAUAGAGGCUUAGUGUAUCAUAAUUGGUAGAUAGUGGCCUACUGUAGCAUAAUUUUAGAUUAGACUGCAACUAUUGGUAUUUUUUAAAAUACAGUAGUAAUAAGGUGUACAGAGAGUAUAGUAAGGUUUAUUGUUGAAGUAAAAAUGGCUUACUUUUAGAUAUACACCAUGUUGAAUUGGACAUUGACAACUACAAGUGGACGAACAGCUAUCUAAUUGAGGAUUGUAUCACUCGGGAUAUGGGAUGCUUUGAGUCGCAGUAGGUUUUUUUAAAAUUAAUUCUAGUUUUUUUAAUUUUUUUUAUUUUAUGUUCAAAAAAUAAUAUUUUUAAAAAUUUUACUGCUAAAACACCCCUUUUCAACCCUAUUUUACCUCCCUCAACCCACCAAUCAGCUCCAAAAGGAAAGGGUUCGAAAGGGAAAGAAAGAGAGUUGUGUACGCCCAUAGCCCGUUGAACGCACGCCAUCCCGUCCGAUCUGGCAAGUUAAGCAACGGUGCGCUUGAUUAGUACUUGGAUCGGAGACGUCCUUGGAAUCUCAAGUGGCGUACGCGUUUUGAACUUUUUAUGGUACUUUUUGGUACUGUUUUUGGGUUUGGGGGUAGGAGAGGGUUGUUUUAUAUGGUUUUAGGGUUACAAAACUCUGGUUUUAUUUUAUUUCGGGGGUGUUUUUGAGGGUUUUUUUGUUAUUUUGACGUGAAAAUUAAUUAAAAAAUGAGUUUUUGGCAGCUUUUCUUUGGUUUUUGAGGCUAUUGAAGAGCAAUUUUACUAGUUUUUGGCGUUUUUGGGUAAUAUUUUUAUGUUUUAAAGUAAACUAUGUUGUAGUUCUAUUUGUUUAGAAGUACUUUUUGGGCCGAUUUUGGCAUUUUCAUAUUAAAAUUUAUGUACAAUUGUCAUUUUUUGGCCAUUUUUAUUGGUUUUUGAGUCUUUUGACCUAUUUUUAAUCUGUUUUUGUUGUUUUUUAGGUAAUAUUUUAGGUUGUUUACGUAACAAAAGUUGUGCUUCAUUAAAAAAAAAAGUUGUAUUUUAACUAAAAAAGACUGUUGUUUUAUAUUGUAGUAGAUGCUUAUCGACCAAAUCUUCUUUCAGUAACUACACCCAUUGCCAUCAACACCCCUUCCAUCGUGAUUGUGACUCUCUCUGGACCUAUGCCGAGGUCCUGUACACCAGAAAGAAGGUGGGCUUCACCCCAGUGUACCAGUACAACUUGAUGCACGAGACCAUCACCCAUCCAGCAUCGUACCAAACCGACCUAGAGCCAGUACCAAUGACGUACUACGUGUUCUGGGCAUUUGUCAUUCUAAUGUCAUUGGAAACGGCCUACUACGUGGCCAAGUUUACAAUAAUUUUAAAGUUUUUUGCGGUUGUGUUUCUGGCGAGCUGCGCCCGAACUGCGUACUACUCGAAAGGCGGAGAGGUUGCAAAUGAUUUGUUUUCAUACCUCGAGGCUCAAAGAACGUUCGACGAUGUGCUGUGGCCAAAUGCCAUCGCUAUGGUGGUGUUUUCGUUGGGGUAGGUUUUGGGUUUUUUGGAGCUGGAAAGAAAGUUUUUGCAACAAAAUUUUUUUUGGAAUUUUGAUUAAAAAUAAUGUGAAAACCCGUAUUUUAAGAUGCUGUACGGGAUUCAUUCACAAACUGGGCUCAAUUUCAAAGCGCCGCUCUAAAACCGCGACCAAAACCUUGAUUACCAUAUUUGCGGUCGAUAUUGUGGUAAAGUGCAUUGUCAUGGUUAUGUUCUACAGCGCUGCAUCGGUGGUUGGAAGUAAGUUAGUUAUACAAAAAGUUUUUUAGGGUUUCUGUUUUUUUAAGGAUUGGCUAGUUUAACUUUAUUUUGGUUUUCAUCGUAUAACUUGUCACCCGCAGUCUGCAGGCUGCUAAUAGGUGGCCUAUUGACCAAAAAUAUAUAUAAUAAGAUUUUUAAGGUCGAAAAAGGCUAUUAAAUGUCACUUUUUUGUUCUGUGAACAAUUUCAAACCUUGCUUUAAAAUUUAGUUUUGAUCGUAUAACUUGGCACUUGCAGUCUGCGGAGCGCUAAAACGUGGAAUACUGAGCUAAAAUGAAUAAAAUAAACAUCUAAAGGUUCAAUAAGGCUAUGCUAUGUCACUUUUGUGUUUUGUUUACAAUUACAAGGUCAAAGUUGAGCUGUCAUCGUGUAACUCGUCUCCGUGGCAGCCUGCAGAACACUAAACGGUGACAUAUCAAGCUAAAGUUUAUAAACUAUUUUUUCUAAGUUCAAUUAAGACCUUAAUUAAGAAAGUACAGGGUGUUCCGAGAAAUUUGGUCGCUAGAAAUAAUUCAUAACUUUGCAACUAUGCAUCCUAAAAAUGCCAAAUUUGGCACAGUUGUAGAACAGGCUAGUACAGUUUUUUAUGGAAAAUUUUGUUUUUUAAAAGUGCAAAUUACGGUCAUUGUGAAUUUUUAAAAAUCAGCAUUUCACACCGAAAUUACACAUAUUUUGGUUGUAAAUGAACAGUUUUCGUCGACUUUUGACAUUUUUUGCUUUCUUUUUUAGAAAACCGCGUUUUUUGUGUCUGCGAAGCCUCGGCGGAAGAUCGGCGGGCGUAGCCGAGUAUCGGCGAAGACUAUAACUUGGUUCAAAUUUGUCGUACCGACAUGAAACAAAAAAUUACACUAUUUUGAGUACGGUACUAUAUAUUGUGAUAUGAAAUAUUUGGGUACGGCAUGGGUAUGGAUAAAGGUAUGGGUAUAAAUAUGGGUGUGGGCAUGGGUUCGGUAUGGGUACGGGUAUGGCAUGGGUAUGGGUACGAGGGUGGAUAUGGAUAUUGGCAUGGAUACGGGCAGGGACGUCGUUUGGGGGAGGGGGGUAGGGGGUACCCUUUUCCCCCCAAAACCAAUCCGAAAAAAUUCCACAGGUCCUGUACGCAAAAAAACAAAAAAAAAGUUUUGGGAAAUCGGUCCACAGAAAAAAUUUAUUUCGGUCUCCCCCUCCCCCAGAGAAAAUCCGUAGCGACGUCCCUGGAUACGGAUACGAGUGGGUACGGGUAGGGGUAUGACAUCAAUGUGGGUAUGGAAUGGGUACGGGUAUGGGUUUGGCAUGAGUAUGACAUUGGUAUGGCAAGGGUAUGGCAUGGGUUUAACAUAUUUUUAGAACAAAAGUAAAUUUUUCUGAAAUUAAAUUAUGAUUUGAAAACAGUGUUCUUUAAAUUUGGAAGUUAUUAGUUUUUGUUUCAUGUCGGUACGACAAAUUUGAACCAAGUUAUAGUCUUCGCCGAUACUCGGCUACGCCCGCCGAUCUUCCGCCGAGGCUUCGCAGACACAAAAAACGCGGUUUUCUAAAAAAGAAAGCAAAAAAUGUCAAAAGUCGACGAAAACUGUUCAUUUACAACCAAAAUAUGUGUAAUUUCGGUGUGAAAUGCUGAUUUUUAAAAAUUCACAAUGACCGUAAUUUGCACUUUUUAAAAAAACAAAAUUUUCCAUAAAAAACUGUACUAGCCUGUUCUACAACUGUGCCAAAUUUGGCAUUUUUAGGAUGCAUAGUUGCAAAGUUAUGAAUUAUUUCUAGCGACCAAAUUUCUCGGAACACCCUGUAUAUUGUUACUUUUAUGUUUGUUUUACAAUUUGAAGCCUUACUGGACCAACGUUUACUUUUUGUCGUAUAACUUGUCACUCGCAGCCUGCAAGACCUUAGUUUUUUGUUUCUCGACCUAUAAAAUUUAAAAACAAUUAAAUUUUAGGCAACAUAUACUCGUAUUGGACAGACCCAGGUGGACCGGUAAGAGGCGUGACCAACUAUAUGAGGCAUGGCACGAUAUUGACCUUGGUAGCGUUCCCCGAGUACAAGUUUUGGGAUACGGAAAAGUUUUUGCAGUUCAAUCGGACCACAAUCAUGUUCUACUUUCUUAUUAUGAUGCUGUUUUGUGCACGACAUUGCGUGAGUUUCGAAUAAUUUUGGAAAUUUGGAUUUUUGAAAAGUUUUGUAAAUAAAGUCUUUGCGGUUAUAAAUUUAGAUUUUUUUAUAUUGUAAAGAAAGUUUUUGCCUAUUUUUUGUGUUUGGAAAGAAAGUUCUUGCUAUUUUAUCGCAAUCAAAAGGGUUUUUGAGUUUUGCAGACUGCAAGUGACAUGUUAUACGACGAAUACAGUUUCAUGAUUUUUAAGUGAUUUUUUUGCUAUUUUUUGAACUGUAAACGAAGUUUUUGUUAUUUUUUACGUUCUAAAAAAAGUUCUUGCCAUUAAGGCAGUAAACCACGUUUUCUACUUCUGCAGCCUGCGGGUGACAUAUUAUAUUAUAAAAUACGAUUUCUUGUUUUGUAAACAAAGUCCUUGCUAUUUUUGUUCUGUAAACAAAAUUUUUGCAAUUUUUCAUUUUAUAAAUAAAGCUAUUGCUUUUUAUGCUUUGUAAACAAACUUCUUGCUAUUUUGUCGCAAUCAAAAGGGUUUUUGAGUUUGGCGGACUGGUAGUGACAGGUUAUACGAUGUAUGUCAUUUUUUGUAUUUUAAAGGGACUUUUUGGCAGUUUUUGGCUUGUAAACAAAGUUCUUGCUAUUUUAUCGCAAUAAAAAGGUUUUUUUGAGUUUUGCAGUCUGCGGGCGACAAGUUAUACGAUGAAUGCUAUUUUUUGUAUUAUAUUUGAAAUUUUUGGCUUUUUUUGAUUUGGAAAGAAAGUUAUUGCAAUUUUUUAAAAAAGUUAAAAAAUACAUGAUUUUUGGCUUUUGUAAACGAAGUUUUCAGAGCCUGUACCUACUACAACUGCUCAGUUUGCUGGUAAACGCGGCCUCAGUCCGGGUGCUGUGUCGUGACAUUUCGUCCACCUUGAAUCGGACCGUUCUCACCAUAGCGUCGGGCGUAUUUCUGGCCGCGAUCACAAUCGGGUUCACGUUCCCAAGCACCUUCAUCCCCAUCAUCGCACUUCAAAUGGGCAUGGUAACCGCGAUUCUGUCGAUUGUUGUCGCCGAGUUCAUGAUCAUCGGCUACGCAUAUCCAUUCAAGGACUUUUUGUGGUAGGUUUGGGGUCUUACUGUGGGUUUUGAUUAGUUUUUACGGUAGUUUUUGAUUCAUACUGUAGGUUGUGUUUCUGACUUUAGGGUUUGGUUGCUUCUUACUGUGGUUUUUUUGGUUAUUUCUUACUGUAGGGUUUGGCUCUUACUGUAGGCUUUAUUAGUUUUUACUGUAGUUCUUGGUUAUUUCUUUUUGUAGGGUUUGGUUUUUACUGUAGGUUAUAGUUUCUUACAGUAGUUUUUGCUUGAUUUUGACUGGAAGCUUUCUCAACUCAAUCAAUACCCUAAAAGAGACAAGAAGAAGAAAAUUAAAUAUUUUUGUGAUUUUUAAAAAUUUUAUAUUUUUAUUUUCAAAAACAACCCUUUUCAACCCUAUUUUACCUCCUUCAACCCAGCAAUCAGCCCCAAAGGAAAGGGAAAGAAAACGAAAGAGAGUCAAACGUGUACGCCCAUAGCCUGUUGAACGCACGCCAUCCCGUUCGAUCUGGCAAGUUAAGCAACGGUGCGCUUGAUUAGUACUUGGAUCGGAGACGUCCUUGGAAUCUCAAGUGGCGUACGCAUUUUUGCCACUUUAUGGUACUUUUUGGUACUAUUUUUGGGUUUGGGGGUGGGGGAGGGUUGUUAUGUAUUGUUGGUAUGUUUUAGAGGUAUACAAAUGUUGUUUUAUAUGAUUUUUGGGGUGUUUUUGAGGUAAAUUUUGUCGUUUUGGGGUAAAAAUGAAUAAAAAAUGGGUUUUUGAACGUUUUUUUAUUGAUUUUUAGGUAAUAUGUUUUGUUUUUGAGAUACCAAACUUGUAUUUUAUAUUGUUUUAGAGCAUUUUUGGGUAAUAAAUAAUGAUUUUGUUGCUUUUUUGUCUCAUUUUGCCUUCUUUUUCUAGGUUUUGUUAUUACUUUCUUUUAGGGUCUAACACAGUUGUAAGUUGUAAGCUAGAAACGGCUUGACUUAUUGUGUUAGGCGCGUUUUUGAAUGUUAUACUUAGUAAAAACGUAUCUAUUUUCAAUUUUAGCGAUGUGGACUUUUACAAAUCAAGACUAGCGAAAGUCAUGUACUGGCCGGUGGUGGUGCUUAUAUUGAUUGUCAUCCCAGCGUUCAGUGUGGUAAGUUGGUAUGACAUUUCUUUAUGAAUUCGAUGUUUUUGUGUUAUAUUUUUGAUGUUAUGUCAUAUGUUUGUGUAUAUGACAGUUACUUUUUUGUUUAAUUUCCAAUUUUAGACCACAUGUAUUUGUCACCUCUGUGAUCGUACCAUACCACAGUACGCCGAGUACGUGUACAAUAAGAACGUUCUGGCGAUCAAGUACAUCCUACCGAUUCUGGUUAUACUGUAAGUUUUGGUUACUUCUACCCCUAUUUCAAAUUUUUGCUCUCUGCCCUAAAAGCUGCCAUGUCUUAUGGUCUACCCUGCCCUAAGAUUGAUCGUGUUAUGUAUAUUGUAGUAGAUGAAAUACCAUUUUUCAGCGUCCUAAACCCGUUUAUGUACAUUUGGUGCCAGAAGACCAGGCCCAAUUGGCGUACGAUGUUCCGAAACUCAAAGGAAUGGGUCGAACGUGAACAAAUCGUCCGCCGUGACAAGAAGAACGUCGAGGCGUUGGACUAUGCGGAACGCUUGUUCCAGCACGUUGCCGGCAACUCACCCCAAAGCGAGAGCGAGGAGAAGAUAACACAAGAGCCGGAACGAAGCUACGGGUUCACCAAAGAUGGCAGUGGCAGUGGAAGUGGGGAGGACAACAAACGAAGCGUCUACGCCGAUGUUAUGUUAGAUGGAAGGUCGGCGGAGAAGAAAAAGGACGAGAAAGAAGAGAAGGUAACAAAGAAAGAAAAGAAACUACCCGAAAGUCAAAGGAAAUCUAGUAGAAAUGGAAGAGAAUCAAGCAGAAAUAGAAAAGAAACAAACAAAAAUAGAAAAGAAAGAAAUAAAAAUGGAAAAGAAGGCAAAGAAUCAACUAGAAAUGUCCAAGAAUCAAGCCGAAAUGCCCAAGAAUCAAGCCGAAAUGCACGAGAAUCAACUAGAAAUGCCCGAGAAUCCCAUAGAAAUGGAAAAGAAUCAACCAGAAAUGCCCGAGAAUCAAUUAGAAAUGGAAAAAGCAACGAUAAAACAAAAAUGAAAAAGCAAAAAGAAGAAAAGAAACCCCAAAAAGAACCCCAAUAUGGAAAUGAAGACACGGCGACAGAACAUGAUAAACAAAAACAAGAAAAGAAGAAAGAAAAAGAUGAAAAGAAAGAGGAACAGGAGGAGGAACCAGCAAGCGAAGAAGCACCAAUGGAACAUGAAAAACCACAGAAAGAGAAAAUGGAUAAAGCAGACACAACUCAAAGGGAUUUGAAGAAGGAAAGUGCUAGGCCAGUGUUUAAGGUGGGGAGUUAGAAAUUUUGAAAUUAAAAAAAUUUUUAAAAAUUUUUAAAAAAAAGUUUAAAAAACAAAAAAUAAGGAGAUAAAAUUAGUAUUUGUACCUUUAUCUUUUACCCUGCCCUGCUGAGAAAAGUCAUAAUAAGUAUAAAGGGCUGCAGCCGGCUGUGACAAAGUAAGGGUAAGUGUAGGCAUUGCACAAAGAAAGAGGGGAUGGUUAUCGGUAGUUAAAAAUACCUAAAGAGGUCAAAAAAAGUAGAAAAUACAAUAUUUUAAAAUUUAAAUUUUUUUUUAAAAACACCCCUUGCUAACCCUAUUUUACCCCCUUCAAACCCACUAAUCAGCCCCAAAGGAAGUUAACUGUAAAAAAUGAAAAAUCAAUCUGAAAAACCACGAAAUUUCAAAAAAUUUUUAAAUUUUUGCAUUUUUACCCAAAAACACCCCUUUUAACCCUAAUUUUACCUUCUAUCAACCCACUAAUCAGCCCCAAAAGGAAAGGGUUCAAAAAGGAAAGAGAGAGUUGUGUACGCCCAUAGCCCGUUGAACGCACGCCAUCCCGUCCGAUCUGGCAAGUUAAGCAACGGUGCGCUUGAUUAGUACUUGGAUCGGAGACGUCCUUGGAAUCUCAAGUGGCGUACGCUUUUUUGGCACUUUAUGGUACUAUUUUUGGGUUUGGUGGUAGAAAAAGGUUUUUUAUUAUUGUUUUAGGGGUGUUGUAAAGCUUUUUUUGUCUUUUAGGUAAUAAAUUUGUGAUUUUAUAUUGUUUUAGACUAAUAACUGAAACAUUUUUGAAUUGCCGUAACUUUUUUGAUUAGUGUAAUAGGGAUUUGAAAUUUGGUACGAAAGUGUGUUUUUGUAUUUGUUAUGGUAUGAUUUUUCGAUAAGUUUUUUGAAAUUUGGAGCAAAAAUUUGCAUAUUGAAAUUUUAAAAUUGAUUUACCUAAAAUUUGUUUUAAAUUGUCUUAACUUUGGUUAAAAUGGUGAUCUGAGAAAAAUAUUUAUAAAUAAGAUGCAUCACAAUGUGUAUAGGCAACACAUGCAAAAUUUGGUAAGACUACUGUAAUCAUGGUAACUUUUAGGCCCCUCCAACCAAGGCCGCCCCAACCAAAAAACCGCCGAAUCAAGCCGAAGACCCAGCUCCAGGCGAGAAGACGGACAAAGCCAGUAGCACCACGUCUAAGAAUCCGACCAGAAAAUCGUCGGGAGUGGUGUCAUCGAAAGCCUCAUCCAAAAGACCACCGCCCAGAAAACCAACCCCGGUAAAAACUUUGGGAAAAUCAACCGAAGACUUUGAAGCCGCCCUGAACAACGACAAAGAACCCGCACCGAGCUCGCCCACGGAAUGGAAGAGCCCUCACGAGGAGUCGUUUAAAUCUCCAUCUGGAUUUGAAUGA